CGAAUGCUUACGGAUUCAUCAACAUAGAGUUAACCACAACGGAUCGAGGGGAUAAGGUGUCGUCGCCUCGAGAGACCUCCGACGAAGGAGAGCGCGCAACAGGAGAUGGAACGGAAGCUUUCGAAAGCGUCGCGAUCGCUGACCUCGUCGGCCAUCCAAGAGCUCUCCCACCUCGCCCAGCGGUGCGGGGCCAUCAACCUCGCCGAGGGUUUUCCCGAUUUUCCCGCUCCUCCCCACAUCAAGCGCGCCGCCGUCGCGGCCAUCAACGCCGAUCUCAAUCAGUACAGGCAUGUUCAAGGCAUUUGCGACCAGUUGGCAGUAAUGAUGAAACAAAAUCAUGGUCUUGAUGUAAAUGCUCUUACAGAUUUUGUGAUAUGUUGUGGUCAGUCAGAGGCCUUUGCUGCAACCAUAUUGGCAACAAUUGAUCAGGGUGAUGAGGUUCUGCUCUUUGAUCCUGCUUACGAGACAUAUGAGUCAUGCAUAAUUUUAGCUGGAGGUAUCCCUGUCAAUGUACCACUGGAGCCACCUCACUGGACACUAAAUGUAGAUAAAUUUAUGAAAUCCUUUACCAGUCGAACAAAAGCUGUGGUUUUGAACAGUCCACACAAUCCAACUGGAAAGGUCUUCAGUAAGGAAGAGCUUGAAGCAAUUGCUGCAGCUUGCUGCCAGAUGGACUGUUUGGCUAUUACAGAUGAAGUGUACGAAUAUAUAACUUUUGAUUUGCAAAAGCACAUAUCCCUUGCUUCCCUUCCCAAAAUGCAAGAAAGGACAAUCAUCACAUCAUCCUUGUCCAAAACUUUUAGCGUAACAGGUUGGAGGAUUGGCUGGGCUUGUGCACCGACCACCGUUGCAUCAGCGAUAAAAAAUAUCCAUGUCCGCAUCACAGAUUCAGCUCCUUCACCUUUCCAGGAAGCAGCCUUGGCAGCCCUGCAGAGUCCACCAGGAUAUUUUAAGUCUCUGAAAGCAGAAUAUGAGGCGAGAAGAGAUUUUGUAAUCCAGAUGUUAUCUGAUGUUGGCUUUCAAAUAAGCUUCAAACCUCAAGGAUCAGUUUUUGUGUUUGCAGAGCUACCAAAGAAUUGGCUAGUUUCCGAUAUCGAAUUUGUCAAGGUACUAAUUGAGAAAGCAGGAGUGGCAGCUGUUCCCGGAUGUGGAUUCUUUCAUGGAGACAUUGAUGAUCAGAACCUGCGAACAAGAUAUGUUAGGUUCGCUUUCUGUAAAGGCAGUGAUACUCUGAAUGCUGCUGCUCGGAAGCUGCAAGAUAUUGUAGGGAGCACUGGACACUUGCAGCUAUGACUAAAGGUCGUUCCUGCUGAUUCCAAUUAGCUAGUCGGCCUUUCUUGGAAGAGUUAUUUACCACAUUUCAUGGCUGGCUAAAUUGCAUCCAUUGGCCAAACCAAGAUCACGGGUCCUUACCAGACUGUUGCCAUCCAUCAGUUGGAAUUAGAUCACUAUUUCCCACUUUUUCUUUCCGAGUGCUAAUGCCAACUUCAAAUGCACUCUAGAUGAUGAAAGGAAUAUAGCUAUUAAAAUUUUAGGUAGAACUGUGGAUUCUGUUUAUGUUUUCUCGAGCAGUUUUUUGUGUGAAAUCCAUUGUUGACUAUGAUUUCUUUAGAAGAUACUGGUGACUACAAAUCAUUGGGACUUUGAAAGGUUUCAUCGUGA